AUUCUUGUUAUCCCUACGUCAGAAUCUGCUGUAGUACAUAGCACGAGCCUUUUUUCGGUAUGACUCGGUAACCGUCACAGCGUUUUUUCGUGAGCGUUUCGCGGAACGAUAGUCUCCUAACGGUAGCUCGCAGGCCAUGGCAGAUUGAGCAAAACUAGCUCGAUUCGCACGUAGUAGCGAGUUCACGUCGUUGUUGUCACGUGUGAUUCUAGGAACCCGUUAACUUCCCAGCAUGUCGUAGAGGCGUUCGCGACACCGCCAUGUUUCCGACGUCGACGAUGCAAGCCGGCUCGGGCCGAGCCUCGGGAUCAUCGCCGUCGCUAAGUGCGUCUGCUAGUGGUGGCGAUGGAGACUCGGACGUGUUGGAUCACCGGCAGCUGCUGGGGCUGCUGCUGUUCGAGCGCAGGCGCGCGCAUCCAGGCGGAGGAUCUUUCGCUGAUUCCCCCGCACAGGCGGAGGGUUCCGCGGAAGGGGAUGCAGGAGGCGCGGGCGGGCCUGGACCAUGGAGGCUGGUGCCGAUUGCCAAGGAAUUGUCCUUGGACGCGGGGCAUUUCAUUGCAGUGCGGGCAAUCCAGGAGCUGAGGGAGCGCAACCGGGGCCAAGGGGGGGAACGGCCGCUGCUGGUGGGGAUUGGCGGGCCCUCUGGGUCUGGCAAGUCAAGUCUGGCCCACCGAAUUGCCAGCAUGCUGGAGGGCACAGUGAUAGAGCAGGUCAACUACAUGGAUGCAGCACGGGUGUCGGGCGACAUGCAUGACGUGGAUGCGCUCGACAUGGAGCUGCUUUAUCGCCACAUGCAGGACCUACUGGCGGGGCGGCCCGUCGAGAUGCCGCUCUUUGACUCCGUUGACCGCCGCCGCUCAGGGUUCCGCCUCAUCUCCCCGCCGCUUUCCGCCGUGAUCCUACUCAAAGGAGUCUACGCACUGCACUCCCGCCUGCGCCCCCUGCUGGACCUCGGGAUUGCCGUGGUGGGCGGCGUGCACUACACGCUCCUGCAGCGGGUCAAGUCUGACGUGGCAGUGAGCGGGCUCCAGCUGUCACUGGCGUCCGUUAUGCACUCUGUCUUUCCUGCCUUCCCGCUCCACAUCGAGCCCACACUUGCACACGCUGAGAUUCGCAUCAGCAAUAGCUUUGUGGCCGAUUCCCUCCGCCACCCCUUCUACAUUCUCAAGUCCGACCAGACUGUGGCAGAGGAUAAGGUGAAGCAGGUGCUGGGAUCAAAUCGCACCACUCGCAACGAGUAUCGGUAUGUGGACGUGUACUUGUCUCCGCCGCACAACCCCACACGCACGCGGGAUUGGAUCCGAGUGCGGCAGUGCGGCAUCCGCUACUUCCUGUCCGUGGGGGACCAAAGGGUGGUGGACAAGAGCUUCAUCAUCCGCCCCCGUGCUGAGUUCGAGGUGCCCUCCACCACCCUCCCAGGCUUGAUUCAGUGCUCCUACGCUGUGGCAGUGAGCUUCUCAAGAGACUCGGUGGUUCUGACCAAUGGCGACCUCUCAGUGUGCAUCGACACCAUACACCUGGGGGACGGGCAGAGCCGGACCUACACUCAGAUCAAGGGGCCGGACAGACAGACGGUGUACACAGCUGCGGCAGCGCUGCGGUUGGAGGGGCCAUGGGUCACGGAUGCGUAUGUCGACAUCAUGAUGCGCCAUGUUGGUGCCCCUCGCCUACCCACCCCGCCCCUCUCCUCCUCGUGGGUCCGCUUCGAGUCCGACCAGCUUGACUCCCUCACCUCUUCCCCCUCCUCCUCCUUCCUCUCCCUGCCCUCCUCCCACCCUCCCCUCUCCACCACACCCGAACCCCCUCAAGCUCAUCCCCCCCCCCUCCUCCGUCUCCUCAACCUCCUCCUCCUCAUCCAUCCCACUCCCCUCUCCCCCCGGGCAUCUCGUCAGCACUCGCUGCGGCCUCUGCUCCCCUCCCCGUGCGCCCUCGAGCCAUCAACGUGGGCUCGCCGGGGGGAGGAAGAAGUGCUGCAGGGGAUGGCAGUGGGGAUAGAAGUGCAGUGGGUGUUGCUGCUGCUGGCGCCGGCAGUGGCGGUGGGGGUGGGAUGGAUGGUACUGGAAGGGGCAGUACUGGUGGUGGUGGUGGUGGUGGUGGUGGUGGUGGUGGUGGUGCUGGUGGUGCUGGUGCUGGUGCUGGUGCUGGUCGGCGCAGGGGAGAGGAGGGAGAGAUAGAGGAGCAGGAGCCUUGGACUCGAUCCCCCACAAGGGCGAGUGAAGCAGCAGCGAUGGCAGCCCCUGCAUCAUGGGGGCUCACAGGCCUCGCUGACUCAGUUGGCCUCAUGCACACGCAGAUCAUCCAGCAAGCUAUGGGCGCUGCUGGGCCUCCCACUCUCGCUCCCACUCCAACCGCUGCUAUCGCAUCCGUGUCCACCGCGGCCGAUGCUGCUGCUGACGAAAAGCGGAUGGGCGCUACAGGUGGCGGUGCUUUUUCCGGCCAUUUUGUGGCCGCUCCUCCCAUUAGUCCCGCAAUAUCUCCCCUUGCUCCAAGAGAGACCUCCGGAGCUGGUGCCACACCAGGUGGUGACAGUCAGCAGCAGCCAAGUCAGCAGCAGAGGGUAGUGCCGGGAGAGCAGCAGGGAGGGAUGGCAGAGGAAGGGGCUUCAAGGCACCGUGGAGCAGAGAAGGGGCCAGGGCAGCAAGUGAGGGGAGGUGCGGCAGCUUCACAAAUAGGAAGUGUGUUAACAGCACAGAUAGGAGGCGUGCGGUCAGAAAUGGGUGGGGCAGCGUCCGAAAUGGGAGGGGCAUCCGCAGCAUCAUCCUCCGCAGCAUCAGCGUCAGCAUCGCAGAGGGCCCGGUUUGACCUGAUUCCGAAGCGCGAGCAGUUCAACUUUGACAGAGGGCUCAAUCUUGCUGUGAUGGCCGUGCAGAAACUCCUUCGCAGCAACGGCCCUCCAGUCAUAGUGGGCAUUGGCGGACCUAGUGGGUCAGGCAAAACAAGUCUAGCCCGCAACCUCGCCCGCCUGCUGUCCUGCGACCUCCUCUCCCUCGACUCGUUCUUCAACGACGCGGCCGACGGAACCAACUACGAUGACGUGGCGGUCGUGGAUUGGCCGCUGCUGCGCCGCACGCUGCAGGACGUGCGGGAGGGCCGGCCCGCGGUGACCCCGGUGUUUGACUUUGCUGCGAUGAGGAGAGUGGGGUACAGACCCGUGCACAUGCAUGGGGAUGGGCAUACACAAGUGGAUGUGUCUCCAGAAUCUGCAGCAGCAGCAGCAGCCGCAGCAGGAGCAGCAGCAGCAGCAGGAGGAGUUGAGGCUUCGUGGGAGGCAGCAGGUGGAGCGAGGGACGGCAGUGGUGGUGGUGGCAGCAGCGGAGUGCUCGUGGUGGAGGGUAAACGCAUGCUCCAUCCCGGAAUGGUCCCUUGCUGCAGUGCAGGCUGCAUUUUGAGUCGACUCAAAAUACACCUGCUGGUAGUGGAGGGCACCCACACGCUCCACCCUCUGCUGCAGCAGCGACUCGACCUGCGCAUUGCCGUGGACGGGGGCGUUCAUUCCCACCUGCUAUCCCGAGUGCUCUCCGACCUGCAAGCUACCAGCGUGCCGCAGCCAGCAGAAGACGUGGAAGCAACUCUCUUCCCGCUCUUCCGUUCCCAAAUCAGCCCGUUUCUCUCCACGGCCCAUUUACGAGUGGUGAACAAAUUCGAUCCCUUCCACGCCCGCGAUGCCUCCCAGUUCGUUCUCAAGAGUGACAAAAAGGUAACUGAAGAGGACAUACUGCGAGUGGUUGACCCCUCCACCCACCACCGCCGCCAGUUGUCGUAUACUGAUGUUUACUUCUACCUGCCGGGGUUGCACCCAGAGGGGCCUGUGAGGGAGUCCGAUUGGAUCCGAGUGCGCUGCUGCAACAACCGGUUUGCCGUGCUCAUUCGCGAGCCCCUAACAGAGGGCGACUUUGUGAUUCAGCCUCAGGUGGAAUUUGACAUUGGGCUCUCCACUGUGGCCGGGCUAGUUGGCCUUGGGUACCAGGCAGGAUUGUUCAUGGAGGUUUCAGCCACCGUGUUUCAAGACGACCAGCUGUCAGUGGAGGUAGUGGGAAUCAAGGGGCUCAACGGGCGGCGGUUUGUGCAGAUCAAGGGCAGCAGCCGGGAGGCUGUUGCUGCAGCAGGGAGAGCGAUGCGGCUUGAGGGGACGUAUGUGACCAAGCCAUUUGUGGAGAUAAUUCAUGACACCAACCGGGUGUACUUCUCAGAGUCUGUCGACGUCCAUCGCAGCCCACAGGCCGCACGUUUGCACGACUUACUCCUACGGGUGUCCGGCACAACACUCGGGCAACCACCCAUGCCAUCUGGCGAGCAGCACAGCAGAGCAGCGGCCCAACGGCACGGCAUGUCAGCUAGUGUUGCUCACGAGCAUGGGCGUCAGCAACAAGGCUCGCAGCAUGCUGUGUUGUACCACCAUGGGCUUGCAGCAUCCACGCCAUACAGUAGCAGUAGACUCACAGCGUCUGUGCCAGCCGCUUACUCCGCAAUCCCAUCUGCUGACACCACUGCUGCUGCCUCGUAUGGUGUGCUGCCAACCAGGCCCACUAUCACUGCUGAUCCUGCUGCUGCUGCUGGUGGUGGUUCUGGUGGUGUCCAUGGCAGUGUUGGCAGUGCUCAUACAGCAUUACCACCUCCCCAGGUCUCUGCACCUGCACCAUCAGCUGCUGCCACACCAGCAGCAAGACCAGCAGCCACGUCAUCAUCUCAGCAGCCAGCAGCUUUAACGACAACUGCCAGCCUGGCAGCUCGGCUGCAGCUGUUGGACGCGCGUCUGAAUUCCCUGGAGCGAAUGCAGUUCCUCAACACAGCUCUCCUGGGGUCGCUCCUCCUCUGCUGCUGUGUCGCCCUGCUCUUCUCCCGCCGCCCCCAUCGAUGAAUCAAAGCAAAGCAUUCGCAUCACACUCUCCCUCGACACACUGGGCUCUCCUGCCUGCACCACACUCGGACACGGGGGAUGAGACUUUCCCUUGUCUGCGCCCCAGCUGUAGCCAACCUCACACUUCUCGCACACACCAGGCGCUUUCCUUUGUGUCGGGCCGAGUCUUCAACACUGGCCGUGUGUUGAUCGCCUUUCCUGGAAUCACUCCCCCACAGGGCGCGCUGUGCAUUGUACCAGUACAGCAGUAUCAAAUCGCAGUACAGUAGUGUAGUACCUGUACAGUUUAGUAGCAUCUGUACAGUGUCAAUUCACUUGGAUAGGUGACACUUCAAAAGUACACCACUCAUCUACACCCCAUACUGACAAACAGAUCAUUGCACCCAAGUUGUAAGAGUUUAAAUUGUCGUGG